UCCGGUCGCUCAGAGCUUCACUCCCUCUCCAACCGAUUACGCGUCGAGAUCUCUCCAGUUCUCCAACUAUGAAACUUUUAACUCGCACCCCGGCAGCUUACGUAGAAUCCACUUGAAAUUAAAAUUCGAUUAACAUGACAUCUUCCUCUCCGUAACUCGACGAUGGAACUCAAAUUCGCUACUAUUUUCUUACUAAUAAAUUUACUCGCCGCAGAUCUAAUUGACGAAGAGAUCGAAAUUAGACACCAAAGAUCGCGCCUAAUUCGACUCAGAAGAACGGGUAAUCGUAACCACAAGAAUGCUGAAAAGAGAAUCAAACAAUUUAUUAAUGAGAAGUCAGUAUUUUUAGAAGACAACGUUACGGUAUCUGCGCUGGGCAAAGAGAUGGUUGGUAAAGUAUCAACGACAGACAACGAAAUCGUAAGGUCUGAUCUUGACACAGAUGAACCUGUUAAUAACAACUUCUAUGAUAACUCGUUGUUAUAUUUAAGCGAUUUCUCGGGGGAGACGAUCAUGGGGUAUGAUUUUAAUCAGACUGAUCAGGAUGGCAACGGAACUUUUGAUGCUGCUGGCGAGGACGUAGACAUUGUAACGCAUUUUUUAAGAAUAGUAGAGACGCAACACUUGCUGGGGGAUAACUGCACUGCCGGAACUAAUUUAACCCUGCAAGAAGGGGUGGUAGAUGGAUACGCCCAAGAAAGGUUUCGCGUGGAGGCAGACGUCGCUGUAAAUAAAGCUAACAUGUUAACCCGACUAUGGAAAUAUGCCGAGCCUGAAGUGAUGGACUCGGAAUAUUUAUUGUACGCCUCUGUGUUCUCUAUGGUUGAAUUCGACGAUGUUAUCUUUGCUGCCGGCAACUGCUACGACCAGUACCAGUACAAAGAUUACUUGCUCUUUUGUCCUUACGCUUAUCGUCUGCCCGAAGGGGGGAUUCUGGUAAAAGACCUUGCAGUCGAAUACAAUUAUCUCAGCAAUUCAUCGGAAUGGUUCUAUAAGGCGAGGAAAAAUGCCGAAAAUGUCAUUAAGAACUUCGAUCAAUUUAGCGAAGGUUACAUGUCAUUCAGAUUUAACGGGUCUUCGCAUGAUGACCGAAUACCAGAUGAAAUAUUAACUGUCACAUAUGAAGAUGGUAAAUGGUCAAAACCCUACUACGACUGCGGAGGGGGAAAUAUUUGGAUGCUCACCUACACAGUUCCUUUUUUUGGAUUCACAAAUAAUACGUACUUUUUUAAGGGAACCAGCGGCAUCGACAUUGAUCUACGUCAUGUGGAUAUUGACCAGUGUCCAACUCCAGCGGGCGAAAAGAAAUUAAACAUAUUCGCAGGCUCGGCAAAAUGUAAACCAACAACCAAGUGCAUACCUAUUGCCGGUUUAGGAUUUCGCCGUGGAAGUUAUACAUGCAACUGUGAAACAGGGUUUUACUUCCCCAACACUACCAACACUGAACAACUCUUCUACAAUGGCACGGAAAUUGAGGAAGAGUACGAGAAAAAAAUAUUGGGACAGGAAAAUCUUUAUGCGGAUAACAACACGUUCAAGUGUCUGCCAUGUUCGGAAGGGUGCGAGUCAUGUACAGAUGGUCGUCCUUGUGUUGUAACCUUAAACUGGAUGAUGAGAACUUCAAUUCUGGCAUUGUCCUGCGUAAUUGCUUGCUGUUUACCCGUAAUACUCUUUUUUACGUGGAAAUGGCAACAUAUGAAGGUUGUGAAAGCUGCUAGUCCACUGCUGCUGGGUGUCAUAGCUUUGGGGGCAUUUUUUAUGUACGGCACCAUGAUCGUUACUUAUUUCAAUCCAACCAUAUAUUUUUGUACCGCACGUAUUUGGCUUCGAGAGAUUGGCUUUGCUCUCACGUACGGUGCUCUGAUGCUGAAAACAUGGCGAAUAUCCCUCAUUUUCCGAGUCCGAUCAGCCAAAAAAGUAAAAAUCAGCGAUAUGGGCCUACUCAGAAGAUUGGGUGUAAUAGUGUUCAUUUUUGCAUCAAUGCUGGUCGUACGUACAAUUGUGGCACCACCUAUAGUGACAGUUGGCAAAACUGAAGACGAUUUGAAGGCCUACUUGUGCCGCACCGAUCUUUGGGACAAUUUUUUCAGUGUUGCGGAAAUUACCUUUUUGUCAUGGGGCGUUAGACUCUGCGUGGUGGUAAGAAAGGCACCUUCCGAAUUCAACGAGAGCAGAUUCAUUUCCAUGGCAGUUUACAAUGAAUUCAUUCUCGGGCUCUUCUUAAAUGUUACUACAUUUUUCCUAAGGAAACCAGCCAAUCCGGAUUUGAUGUACAUCAUCUAUUUCGUUCAUACUCAAUUAAGUGUUACUUUAUUGCUGGUACUAAUAUUUGGAAGCAAGCUAAUAAUGGUUAUCAAAAACAAAGGAAAACAACAGGAAGAUAGUUCGAGCAUGGUAUAUAAGACGCCAUCGAAGUUCCUGCUGGGAAGACGUAAAGAGCCAUGCCUAUACUCGAGCGGAAACUCGUCUGUGGCGGGACAGGAAAUAAUUUACUCAAAAUACUCCGAACAAGAUAUUCAAGAAGAGUUCCUAAGACUUUACACCCAACUCGAACUAUUAAAAGAAAGGAAUAUGCGCGUUGGGAACAGGCAUUUAGCUUCGAAAAUCAACGCAAUGCAGGACGCAGCUCGGAUGUGUGACACCGACAACGAAAUCGACAUCGAAAAUGAAAACGAAAACGAAAAAUCGUCUUUCAUCAUAAGAAGCAACAGCAGUGUGUCUCUAUCUGGCGACAAAUCAGUCAUAGAACUUCAGGACGAGUCCUUUAUUGAAAUCCAACGCGAAAGCAUCUCAUUUAGCAAAGAGAAAAAGGCUAGCAGCGAAGCCAACAUCGAGAAGAACUCCAACGGCACACCUCUCAACGGCGUCGAUAAGAAAAGCGAUAACGACAAAUCCGAAACGUCUAAAAAAAUGAGUGAGACGGAUAUUGAUCAAACUAGCUCAACGACAUAUCCAAAAAGUGAUAAAAAGAAAACUAGUACUGACAGUAACGGCAGGCAUUUAAUGUCGGGUCACGCAAGAACGCAUUCUAUUGUUAUUAAUUUAGAUGAUAAAAGUCGUUUUACUGACGAAAUUACUGUUUAAAACUGUUUUUUUUUACGUUCAUGUACCUGAUGAAAGGUUGUAAUAUAAAUGUAACUCAUUCUUUUUCA